AUGCAGUCAAUAGUACUCUUUCUUCUGGUGGCAACAGUUAUUGGUGUAGCUCAAUCUCAGUCAUGGGCUGGCACUUAUACGGCUGAUUCAUCAUGCAGCACAGCCACUUGCUGUUGUUUGAGCGGACAUAUUUUGGUGACAAGUUUGUCGGGAAAUAACUAUACAAUUAGUUCCAGUGCGAGUGGUGUCUGUAACAGUACUUUAUUCACAGGCACUCUCUAUACAAAUGGCUAUGCGGGUUCGAUUGUGAUGGGCGUCGACAAUGAUACAGUAUCACUCAGCUCCGACAGUCUCACUAUUAAUAUCACCGAUCCAAUCAACUCAACAUGCAGUGCCAAGGGAAUCAAAAGUGGUACCAUGGCACAACACGCUAAUAUCAUCACGUUAUUAGCUCUAUUUCAACUUGGUAUGGUGGUCACCAUUUCAACCAAAUGA